AUGGUAAACCGGGCGUUAAAAUCGGGACCCUGGGGUCAAUCUUCACGUCAAGGGCGGGAUAUGAAAACAGUGAAUCCGGGGCUGAUGCGAAGAGCAUUGUUGGAGGCCCACGAAAAAUACUCUGAGGGUUUAAUGCUGGCGCCGACUAAUAGAACAGCUCGGGCAUCGAACCUUCCGGGAUUAGCACCAAGUUCUUCGAGCACUUGUGGCGGAACCAGAUUAUGUAAAACCCGCUACAACACUACAGCACCUAUGUACGGCGUGUCUUUGACAUCUGGUCAACCUGUCACUAUCGUUCAGAAGUUCCCUGAUCUUCUACAGCAAGUCGUCUUUGAAGUUUGCGAGUCAAGCGAAUGCUCAGUUAUCCGUGGUUCAUGUACACAGACAUAUGUUCCUUACCUAUUUCUCGUAUUGCCAUUGGGGCCUGUGACCCUAACGGGGCAGGAUUACGUUCUUGUGGAAUCUGGGUGUGUGUGUAGGCCAGACCCAGUUGUGUAG